AUGGUGGUUACGCGAGAUCAGGUCGUGAGGAACAGGCGUGAUCAGGCUGAGGUAGCGAACUCUCCGGCAAAUGCCCAGAGGGGCGUAGCAGCCACAAAUCAAAACGCAGGUACCCCACGCCCAAACACAGGUAACAACCCCCCGGGUGCAAGUGUUCCAGGUAGUAAUCCACCUGCGCAAAAUCAACCAGGUAAUAAUCCACCCGUGCAAAAACAAUCAAGUGAUAUUCCAAUCGAUCAGAAUCAAGCCGGAAAUAAUCCACCCCCUUCGAGUAGUUCGGGAAGUAAUCAAUCUCAAAUAUUGCCUCCCAUGCAUAUUCCACCCCCAUCGGUUAAUAUGGUGAACAAUCCACCACCACCGAUAGUACAGAAUAUUAUCUCUGCUCCUAACUUAGCAAUAGGCACUCAUCCCCCCCUUCAAUCCUCAGUUAAUCUCCCCUCAACUAGCCAAGGCAAUGGUAGCCAGCCCCCACCUCCUCUGGCGUUCAAUCUCUCGUCAACUAGCCAAGGUGUGGGUAACCAUUCCCCUCCGCCACAGAUGCAGGUCGAGUUUGGACAAAACAGGGUCGACAGGGCAGGUGGAGGUACGCGAAUCUUCAGGCGGGGUAUUGAUAGAGGGUGGAACGGGACAUUCAGGGGGCGUGAUUACCCCUUCUCAAGAGGUACAGCUGUCGGAACACGUGCAGAAUAG